GCUAACGGCAGGAAGGAGGGGCCAGCCCGUCCACCCUCCCGUUGCACUACAUGUUCUUCCUCCUAGCCCCGCGAAGGGCCAAAGUUUGCCAGCAACAAUAGACGGAAAAUAACGUCCAAAAAUUUCAGGAUAAAAAGUGGAUUUUUUUUUACCCCCCAUCACCAUCAUGACAAUGGCGGCUCCGUUGAGCGGCAUCGUUUUUGCUCUACUUUGUUGCUUUACGGUUGUUGCCGUGCGGGCAGAGGGAAAUGGGCUGCACAGGCAGAAAAGAGAUUGGAUUCGUCAUCCUAGGCAGCUGAAGGAGAACCACGACUACUCCGGCAUAAGCAUUGGCAGAAUUCGCUCCGAUAAAGAGAACUUUACGACCAUACUGUAUUCGCUCAGGGGGCCCGGUGCUGACGAGCCUCCCAUUCGCGUAUUCGGGGUGGACCAAAGAACUGGCUUUUUGAAAGCCUAUAAAGUCUUGGACCGAGAGGAGAUCGCCUUUUAUGAUUUAAAAGGAGUGGCAAAAUAUGAAGACGGGACUCGUGCUGAAAAGGACGUCGACAUCAGAAUUACUGUGGUGGAUGAAAAUGACAAUACACCUAUAAUUAAAAUGGGACAAGUGGGAUCUGUCAAAGAAUCAUGCGCCGCAGGGACACUUGCCAUGAGUGUGGUCGUCACCGACGCAGAUCAAGAGGGCACCAUCAACUCCCAGAUCUUCUACAGCAUCGUGGAGACGAGCAGCACUGCCGGCAUGUUUGCCAUCCACUCUCAGACCGGAGAUGUGUCGGUUCUGCGAAACACACUGGACAGGGAGACACAAGAUACAUACAAAGUGGUCAUCAGAGCUUCGGAUUUGAACGGACAAGUUGGAGGAAACGUGGUAAUGGGUGAAGUUGAGAUCAAAAUCCUGGACAUAAAUGACAACAUCCCCACUCUGGAAAAAGAAUCGUAUGAAGGCAGGGUGGAGGAGAACACCAUCAAUGUGGAAGUGCUCAGGAUCCAGGCCAUCGACUUGGACCUGGAAUACACGGACAACUGGCUGGCCGUCUUUCAAAUCAUCUCAGGGAACGAAGGAGGCUAUUUUAGCAUCACCACCGAUGCGCAAACCAACCAGGGGAUAAUAAUGAUUCAAAAGGAGCUGGACUACGAGGAGAUAAAGUCCCUCAAUUUGGGGGUGGUAGUUUCUAACAAGGCCAAGUAUGAUUUCGGAAGCUCGACCUCCACUUCCAUAACCUCAAAGUCGUACUCUGUGAAGAUCAACGUGAUCAAUCAGAAGGAGGGUCCCCGCUUCCAGCCGUCUGUCAAAGUGGUGACUCUGUCCGAGGAUCACACCUCCAUCUCCAUCAACUCAAUCAUCACCACCUACACUGCCAUUGACAGCGACACACACCAGACUGCCACCAACGUGAGGUACGUUAAAAUCCGCGACGACGACAACUGGCUGAUCGUGAAUGAGAAAACUGCCGAAAUUAGGCUGAAUAAACUUCCGGAUCGAGAAUCCAAGUUUUUAAUCAACGGAACAUACUACGCCCAGAUCAUAUGCAUUAGCGAGAAAGAGUCCUCAAAAACCGCCACGGGGACCAUCGCCAUUCAAGUGAAGGACUUCAACGAUAACUGUCCCAGAGUGACCACCACAAGUCACACCAUGUGCUUCGGCGAAAAUGUCAUCUACGUCACGGCCGUAGAUAAAGACGAGUUCCCCAACUCGGCUCCGUUCGAGUUCACGGUGCAUUCGACGAGCAGCCACGGGAAGUGGUCAGUGGAGCAUCUCAAUGAGACGACGGCAAUUUUUCGAGAUCAAGAGCACUUGUGGGCGGGCAUGUACAAAGUGGCUGUUGAGAUCAAGGACCAGCAAGGAAAGUCGUGCGCCGAUGUUCAGAUGCUCGACGUGGUUGUGUGCACGUGCGAGGCAAACACAAGAACGUGUACGGCCCACAUCGAAAGGCGUUCGGGUUUUGGCGUUUCAGGAAUUCUCCUUUUGCUGUUGGGGUUACUCCUACUGCUCUUGGUGCCUCUUCUGCUGCUGUUCUGCCUGUGUGGAGGAACCGCAGCAGAUUUCAAGACCAUUCCGUUUGAUACCAAACAGGAGCUCAUCUCCUAUCACACAGAGUGCCAAGGAGAAGAUCGGGAAGUCCCACUUUUCCACAUACCAGAUGCUGGACAGGUGACUAUUUCCAAGAACACCUUUGGAGGAAACGCCUACCUCGGGGGACUGGCUGAAGGGGGCGGAGCACUCAUCUCUGGCAAUGAAAACUGCAUCUUAACAACAGACAAUGUGCACCUGUACAAUGAGUACAACCGGUUUUCUGGCCAUGGAGGGAUGAACAGCAUGGAUGGCGGGAUGAUGACGGGACAAGGUCACUUCUCCCAGUACAGAGGCGGGGCCUUUGACGACUUGGCGGUGUCUGAUCACUUCCUGGAGGAAUACUAUUCCAGUAAGUCCAACCAUGCUGCCCAGCAGUCCCAGGAGAAGGAUGCCAUACUAGUCUAUGACUACGAAGGCGGAGAGUCUCUGUCGGGUUCGGUGGGUUGCUGCAGCCUCCACGAGAAUGACAACGACUUCUCCUUUCUCGAUGACCUGGACCCUAAAUUCAAAACGUUGGCUGAGAUUUGCAAGGGGUCAGCUCAAGUGGACGCAGGCAUAUGUAUCCAUCCUACAGUUAGACCCGUGUCUCCAGUCAGGCCCUCCACACAGAAGCAAGUCCAGACUCACACUGAAACCGUUAGAGACAGGGAUCAAGUCCAUGUCGACACUCUCACCACCUCCAAGGUAACGUCUGGAACGUCCACGAUUGUCCAAGAGGGUUCAUCCACACUCUCCAAGGUGCAUGUCCAAGACAACGUCGUGAUUCCCAGUCAAACGCUGCUCGUGCAACAACCUGCCUUGUACUAUGCCGCCGCGCCCAUGUAUGUCGUUGAGCCCCAGUCCCAAAUGGUGCUUGUUGCCGGAGGCACGCAGCAGGGAGUGGGGCAGGUUGGACUGACACAAGGUCUGGUCCAAGUCGGGCAGCAGGGAGUGGGGCAGGUGGGGCAGGUUGGACUGACGCAAGGUCUGGUCCAAGUCGGGCAGCAGGGAGUGGGCCAGGUGGGGCUGACGCAAGGCCUGGUUCAAGUCGGUGGCCUCCAGGGAUCUCAAGGCAUGGUGCUUGUGGAAGGGCAGGCGGCUCAAGGAACCUUACCAAGACAAGUAUUGGUGGUGGAAAAUGCGUCUACUGGUGGGGGUCACAGUGCACAGGUGGCCCUUGUCCAGACCGGUCAGGGAUCUCACGGGCAAGCAACCUUAUCUAGACAAGUUGUGGUGGUGGAAAAGGGGUCUUCAGGCGGGGGUGCGCAGGCAGCCUUUGUCCAGACGGGUCGGGGAUCAAGUGAGCAAGGAUUGGACGUCAGGGGUCAAAGUGUACAGGCUAAGAGUUUCUCACUGCCUUCUCAAGAUUCCACAGGGUCAAAGGAGGACUUUGUCCCGAAAGCCACACCCAAGUCGCAAGUCGGCCAGAGAGUGGUGGUGCAGCAGCGGAAGAAGGUGUCGGUCACAGAGAGAAAUAUAGAAUCUUCAUCGAGAGCUUAAACUUCAUGUUUGCUAUCGGCAUUUUCACUGGAAACACUCUAAUUCACUGUAUUCAUUCUUGUACACCCUACUGCACAUGUCAGUCCAUGUCCUCCAUUCUUGAUGAUUAAAAUGCGUCUUUGGGAACGUAAAAAAAAACAUGAACAUGCACUAGGGAUCUUACGCAGUUCCAGUGUUGAUAUUUUUGGUCUUGAACUAGUUAUCUCGUGACUCGAUAUAUUGAAAGAAAUAUUGGAUACAUUGGAAGAAACCAUCAAGAUUACAUUUAUUGUACGCAGUCAAUAAGGGAAAAUCUAUAGAAAUAAUUUGGGGUGGGGGGGGUUGCACCUCCAGCUAAAACCAAGAAAUGGGCUUUGUCUCAUUUCACAGCAAAGCUAGCUAGCUAACGCCUCCCUCAAAUCGACACCUUCUUUUUUUGUAUCAGUGGAAAGAAGAUUAGGUAGUUUCUUCAUGGGCAGACAAUUGCUGAGCCCUUUUUGAACCCUGAUGAUAGUCAAGCAGCACUGAAACCCGGUCACAGGUCAAUUAAAACGCAUCGUGGAACGAGUUCUCUGCACAGUAUUCUGAUCCUCCAUUCUGCGGAGACGGUGACUUUGUCACUGUGGUUGCUCCAUAGUAUUGUGUGCAUCCGUGUUUACAUUGCUGAUUUAGUUUUAAACUCCAGUUUCACCCAACAUCCAUUUUGAAAGACAAUUGUUUAAAAUAAUAAUCAUAUUUUGAAAAAUCCUUUUCCAAUACACAUUGUAAGGCCAUUUAGCACAGCACAGUAGGAUGAAAAUAAUGUGCUUGGUUUUUUUGAUUCGUUUUUUUUUUUUGUUCUGAAUUCUGAAAGGCUUUGAAGCAGAAUCACCCCUGUGCUGCAAUUGCGUUUUCAGCUUGAAAUACUCACCACCCCAGAUUCUGUUAACUGCGCCUUUGUCCACUGUCACUGGUUUGGUGUGAUUCUGAAAAACGAUCAAUUUGUAAUAGAUCAACUUCCUGGAGUUGACCUUGUGCGUAUUGAGCGGUAGUUAUAGUGCAACUAAUCACUUGCGGUAAAAUACUGGAAUAACUGAACUGUAUUAACACAAGCACUUUUGCAAACAAAACAAAAAAACGUUUUAAAAACAAAUGAUUAAUCAAGCAAUUAAACCUGAGUAAUGAAUGCAGUACAUUUAGUUUUCUUUUGCACUCCUUCCUAGUUUUAUGCUGUUUAAAGUUUGUAUGUGUUUUGGUUUAAUUGUUUUUCCCAGCGAUGGAGAAAUAUUUCUCUCCUUGCUUUUGAUACGCAAAUAUUUGAUACAAGUUCUAACAUUCUAAAUGUAAAUAGCCUGUAUUGCGAUAAAAACCUGCAAUUUCUGUCAUAAUAAAAUUGAAUGGACAGCA